UAAUUCGAGGCGCGCUGGCAGGCGGCCAGGCGGCGCGUGCGCCGCUCCCUCCGUCGCCGGCCUCCUCCCCGCCCGCCCGCCGCCGCCAGUCUCGGAGCGGAGGCCGCGCCGAGCGGAUGCUGCCUCUGCUGCUGCUGCUGGCCGUCCUGGCCAGGGACAGCGCUGCCACCUCCAGCGAGCGCCUCUCCAAUGUCACGCAGACCAUCUCGCGGCUGCUCGAGGGCUAUGACAUCAGGCUCAGGCCGAAUUUCGGAGGAGACCCUCUCUACGUGGGCAUGGACCUGACCAUCGCUAGCUUCGACUCCAUCUCCGAGGUCAACAUGGACUACACAAUCACAAUGUACCUGAAUCAGUACUGGAAAGACGAACGCCUAGCUUUCAGCAACGAAGAAGAGAUACUCACGCUGUCUGGCGACUUCGCAGAGAAAAUUUGGGUGCCGGACACGUUUUUUGCCAACGACAAAAAUAGCUUUUUGCACGACGUGACCGAGCGCAAUAAAUUGGUGCGGCUCAACGGCGACGGCAGCAUCACGUACGGCAUGCGUUUCACAACGACGCUCGCCUGCAUGAUGGACCUCCACUACUACCCCCUUGACAACCAGAAUUGCACGGUUGAAAUUGAGAGCUAUGGCUACACAGUGCUGGACGUUGUGAUGUACUGGAAAGAGACGCCCGUAUCGGGUGUGGAGGAAGCCGAGCUGCCGCAGUUCACCAUAAUCGGCUACGAGACCAACGACCGCAAGGAGAAGCUGGCCACCGGCAUCUACCAGCGGCUGUCGCUCUCGUUCAAACUGCAGCGGAACAUCGGCUAUUUCGUCUUCCAGACGUACCUGCCGUCGAUUCUUAUCGUCAUGCUCUCGUGGGUCUCGUUUUGGAUCAACCACGAGGCCACCUCCGCCAGAGUGGCGCUGGGAAUCACCACCGUGCUGACAAUGACGACAAUCAGCACAGGUGUGCGCAGCAGUUUGCCGCGCAUUUCGUAUGUUAAGGCGAUCGACAUCUACUUGGUCAUGUGCUUCGUAUUUGUGUUCGCCGCGCUGCUCGAGUACGCCGCUGUCAACUACACUUACUGGGGCGCCCGUGCCAAGAAGAAGACCAAGAAGAGCAAGGAGCAGGAAAAGCAGCCGCCCCCAAAGCCCCACACCACGCCGCCAUCUGACGCUUUUGCUCCCGAGGAGAUUAUUGAGCUGCAGGACUUGCGGUUGUCUCCAAUUCCAUCACUGCGUCACCGUCACGGAUCUCGUUUGGGCGCCGAGGCCACCGACUCUGGUCGCUUCCCACCCAGUUUCCGCAUUCACCGAGGGACCACCAGGGGCCCGCCGGGCAACAAACGCCCGCGCGUCAUGCAGACGCUGCGCAGGGGCGCCUCCGCGAUCCGCUCCUCCAUACCCAAGAUCAAGGACGUGAAUGUGAUAGACAAGUACUCGAGGGUUAUCUUCCCUGUCUCCUUCCUCCUCUUCAACGCCGUCUACUGGAUCUUCUACGUCUUCUGAACCCCCUGUCCACGCCCUCGACGCACCCCUAACCCACACGUGUUCUUUCUAGGAGUAUAUUGCCCCUGUGUGUUUCAUCAUAGCGAGUAAUCUGGAAAAAAAUUAUGUUCACUGGUCCGACGAGCGUUAGAAGAGUUUCGGGCUUUUUGGCUACACUUGCGGAAACGCAGAUUAUACAAUAAAAAAUGUUUAUAUUAACACCGGAUAUUUAGCUUCCAUUUUUCUCAACACCAGAUUUUUUUGCAUCUCAUUUUCUUUUUCGUUGUCGUUGUUGUCAAUUACGCUAGGCACAAAAAUGUAAUUGAGUUGAAAAUUCGGUUAAACCAGUUGCGACGUUAGCGGUAAUAAUUUGUACACAGACACUCAUGAUGCAAGAAUCGUGAUUCAUGAUCUUCGCUAUAGAUGUUUAGGAAACAAUUUUAUUGUUAAGAAUAUUUACACAAAGAAAGAAUAAAAUUUUGGCUUUUUGAAUUGCAAA